AUGAACUUCCCCUCAUCUCCGACCCCGCACUCGCCCUUCUUGCCCCGCACCGUCGGGCGGCAUAGAAGCGAGCAGAGCCGAUGCGGGGAGGGCGGAGGGAUGGACGUGCCUAUCGCUGUCUCCCCUUCCACCCCCAUCCCGGCUGUCGGUAUCAACGGCUUCGGUCGUAUCGGCCGUGCCGUCUUCCGCCUUGCCCUCACGCGCCCCGACCUCGAGAUCCGCGCUGUAAAUCACACCGCCCACUCGAUCGAGCACCUCCUCACCGCCAUCCUCUACGACUCGACACACGGUCCCUGCCCCGAAGCGCGCAACCUCCUCCCUUGCCCGCCCGACCACCCCGGUCUCUUGCCUUCCACACCCAACAACCCCAAACCCUCCGGGUUCCUCUACAAGGGCCGGGUGAUCCACCUCUUCUCGCAGCGCGACGCGUCCAAGGUCGACUGGGCGAGCGCGGGCGUCGAGUACGUCAUGGAGAGCACGGGCAAGAUGUUGACGCGCGAGUCGGCCGGCGUGCAUAUCAAGGCGGGAGGGGCCAAGAAGGUGAUUAUCAGUGCGCCGAGCAAGGACUGCUUGAAUGUGGUUUAUGGGGUGAAUCACUCGGCGCUGUAUUUGAAGGCGAAUAUGGGGAUGGAGGAUAUCAUCUCGAAUGCGAGCUGCACUACCAACUGCCUCGCUCCUAUCGCUAUGGUCCUACACCGCUCCUUCGGUAUUGAGACAGGCAUGAUGACGACCGUGCACGCCAGCACGAGCAGUCAGAAGGUCCUCGAUGGGUUCAGCUCUAAGGACAUGCGUUCAGGCCGUUCUGCAAUGGGCAACAUCAUCCCCGCCUCCACCGGUGCUGCUCAAGCAGUAGUCAAAGUUCUCCCCGAACUAGCUGGCAAAUUCCACGGCAUCUCCAUCCGCGUCCCCGUGACAAACGUCUCCCUCGUCGACCUCACCGUCACCCUCUCCACCCCCGUCUCCUCGAAAGAAGAGCUCCUCCUGCCCUUCCGGCGCGCCGCCGCACUGCCCCCAUCCCUCUUCUCGGGCCAAGCGCGCCUCCAGACGCCCAGCGUACCCCCUCUCGCCGGCGUUCUGGGCAUAUCGGACGAACAGCUCGUCUCGAGCGAUUUCCUCGGCAGUACCUACUCGUCCGUGAUCGAUGUGGACGCCUGCUGUAUUCUCAACCCGACGACGGUGAAGAUUGUGAGCUGGUAUGAUAAUGAGUAUGGGUUCUCUACGCGUAUGUGUGAUUUGGUGGUCUAUAUGAAUCGGUACGAGUACGAGCACCGGGCAGAGCGGGAGGAGUCUCCAUAA